UCUCCUCCGCUUCGCCACGGCAGUCGGCCUUCCCCGCUGCUGUCACGGAUACGAUUUCCGACAGAGAAAAGUGGUCGAGUUGAUGGAUUUCGCCAUGGCUGCUAAACAACAUGCGAUUUUUCUUUUUCUUGAUAAUUGAUCAAUCUCACACUGAACACUUUGGACUACAUAUGACAAAGACUGAGAAAACUUGUUUAAUGUCUGUGUUGCAAUCAAGGAAAGCGUCCCAGCAUUGAGAGAAAUAACGCAUCUCAGAACGUCGCCGAAAUAUCUUGAGUCUGUUUCAAGUUACACAUCUACAUGCACAGCGUCCAAGGCUAAAUUCUUACUCAAAUAACCUCAGCUGUUCUAAUUCCGACUCCACCGACAACCAAAAGUCAUCUUCUCGUCGCGAAAAAAAAAACAAUGAUCCGACCGCGUGACCUUCUGUUAUCAGCUGCGUUGCUCUUCAGUGUGUUAUCAACCGCAAGAACGGCCUUCUUCGAGACGGCAAGCGAGGAAAGCUUAGUGACUGGACCAAGGAAACAGCUGCUUUUCGCCAACGCCUUCGAGGAAAAGCCAGCUGAGAGGAUUCCUUCCGUGACUGGCGAAGUAUUGCGCCGCGAGGAAAUACAGGAGCGAGAUCACGCCACGUCCAAGGAGAGCAGGCAGGCUGUGUACGAGCCCGUCGAGCCUGCCCCUAAAACGGGACUCCCCACUCGCUCUCGUGUGAGGCGUGACGACCUUACACCUGCAGCAGCCGGCACACCGGUCUCCUCUGCACGACCUCAACAGGGAGUCCUUACCUGGUUGUAUCAAGUCCCUGGUUAUCAGUACAGUCCACCUCCUUCUAGAGUCCUUCUCCCGAGCGUCCUGAUACCCGUCCCUUAUAUCUCUGUUAGUGGGAGCAGUGAUAUCAAGAUAGGGACUCCUUAUAUUCCUCCUCCAGGAUAUUCUAUAUUGGUUCAGGAUCAUUUCGGGCGUCCGGCAUUACAGCCCUACCCGGACUUCCCUCAGGGGCAUCGCCAAUUCCAUCACUUGGAAGUCAUGUGCAAGAGUGAAGAGGAGUUAGAAGCCAGAGCACCGGGUACAGGGAGUCCUAGCAUCUCGCCUUCCCCUUCCUCCUCCUCUCCUCCUGUUCUUCCCGUUCCAUCAGCCUCCCCAGUAUCUUUAAGGAUUCCACCAUCUCCUUUUCGAUCAGCUUUGUCUCCCUCGGUUCCAGCAUCGUCUUCGGUUUCUCCUUUAUUAUUUUCCCCUCCUCCGUCACCCGAUUCUCCUUCGUUCGUUUCCCCUCCUUCCUCUUCUCCUCCUUCAUCCGACUCCGCUUCAUCUUUCUCUCCUCUUUCCUCUUUCUCGUCAUCUCUUCCCACUUCUUUAAUAAACUCUUCUUCUUCUUCUUCUUCUUCUUCCUCCUCCUCCUCCUCCUCUCUCUCCCAUCCGACACAAGAUGACGAAGACCGCCUUAUCUUCCCGACCGAAGGAUUCGCGUCCCCCGACAACAUCAUCUUCCCUUCCAACACUGACCGACCUAUCAUUUUCCCGACUCGUUCUCCGCCCGUCGCUCCCCAGCCCUCAGCCGCCCCUUCUGUCCCCGCCAGUAACAUCACCGUAGCUGCGAACGAGACAGGGAGCCGAGUGAGCAUCGUUGCCCCGACCCGACCCUGCACGCGGGUGUGCGAGUACCCCGCGGCCGAGGGCGUGUGCUUACGUGACCACUCCUGCCUCGAGAGACUCACCGCUCUUCGGAUUGGAAACUCGACUCAACGAAGCACAGAGAAGCCAUAACGAACGCUUGCUUGUGACUGGCAAUUCGACGCAAGAAAAACGCAGGAUUUCGGGCUCGGUUCGUGUCUUGCGCCGCUUCUAACAGGCAGUGGUGGCGUUUGCGGUUUAUUGAAAAAAGGAAAAGAAAAUCCGUUAGAGUUUUUUUUACCUGAUUUCAUGGCUAGAAUUUUAUCUCAUAUGUUGCUUUAAAUAACAUUUUCCUCUCUCUGUCAAUCUCUCAUAGUUGUACGUCUGUUUGUCUUUAGGUUAGAACGGAAUAUGAACAUGUUUUGUGAUGGAUUUGUAUUAAAAAAAAGUCGGCUAUGGGAUUAACACCAGGUAGUCUACUGAAAAUAACCACAAUAUGAAAGAGAGAAAAAAAACAUAAACUUCCUGAAAUAUAACCAUAAUUGAGAUCGUUGUGGACAGAUAAAGUCAUUGUGGACAGAUGAGGCAAUAGACAACCACAGAAUGAGAAAAAGAGGAUGCCUAACACCUGUCGUUUCUUCCCUUGCGUGUGGGUAUUACUUUUGGAAGAGAGGCGAAGAAACUGCAAAAACAGAGGCGAGGAAAGGUGGGCAGGCGGUGAAUGCGCGAAAACUCUUAAACAAUAAAAGGUUUCAUAAGAAAGUGACAUUGGCAUAUGACGAUAUUAAGAACGAUAAAGUGACAGAAAUGCGUGGCUUGGGAAAUGCAGGAAAUGUCAAUUGGUGAUCACAAGAAGAAAGAGUAUUUUUAGGAGACUAUUAUCUAUGAAAAUUAGAUGAGAGUAUCGAUAGUAAUAGCAAAUGUCAUAACUAGUAGACAGCAUAUCAGAUGAAGAGUGAGUAUUCAUAAACAAAUGCAGAGAGAACAGACGUCUCUGAUCAGACUGAAUAUAUAUGCUUUAUAAUGAACAAAUAAGAUAUUGCAAAGGCACAUUUUUUUUUUCUUACAUCAAGAACAUUGGUGUAUGAUGUCGUACAGGAACUGGUUAUGUUCCUUCAUCUUUUAGGUGUAAAUUCGUGUCUCAAUAAACUUGCUAUACCAAA